GAAGUCGCCAUUUUCAGCCUGACGCCCCAGGUGGGUCGGAGGGCCCUGGAGCCGCCAGGUCUGUGCGGUGCCGCAGAGGGCGGGGCCUGGAAUCUCCGGGAGCCGGGAUCGGAGGCCAAGCCCUAGCAGGUGAUUCCUGAAGCUACAAGAUAAAUUCUCUUCCAACUUUCCCUGUACUGGCUUCAUAGUUUCGGUCCUUUUUCAAGGGCAGCAGAAAAUGAACAAAUUCAGGGGACCAGUGACAUUGAAGGACAUUAUUGUGGAAUUCACCCCAGAGGAGUGGAAGUUACUGAACACUGCUCAGAGGAUGCUGUACAGAGAUGUGAUGCAGGAGAAUUAUAGACUCCUAGUCUCUGUGGGUUAUCGUGCAAAUAAACCAGGUGCAGCCUUCAAGUUGAGUCAAGGAAAAGAGCCAUGGAUAUUAGAAGUAGAAUUUCCACAUCGGAACUACCCUGAAGACCUAUGGAAUAUUCAUGAUCUCGGAUCCAGAAACCAGGAAAGAGGAGCUGAAAGUUCAAGGGAUGGAGAACUCACAGAACAUCAGACAUCUCCUACCACAGAGAAAGCUUACAAAUGUAAUGAAUGUGGAAAGUCCUUCUACCGGAAGACUGCCCUCAUUGUACAUCAACAUGGUCAUUCAAAGGACAAACCUAACGCUAGAGAGAAAGCCUAUGAAUGUAAAGAGUGUAAGAAAACUUUCUGCCACCUGUCAUCUCUCAGUAGACAUUUGAGAACUCAUGCAGGGGAGAAACCCUAUCAGUGUAAUCAGUGUGAGAAAUCCUUCUAUCAGAAGCCGCACCUCAUGGAACAUCAAAAAAUACACACAGGAGAGAAACCAUUCGAAUGUAAUAAAUGUGGAAAGUUUUUCUAUGUUAAGGCAUACCUCAUAGUGCAUCAGAAGACACACACAGGAGAAAAACCGCAUGAAUGUCAAGAAUGUGGGAAAUCUUUUUCCCAGAAAUCACACCUCACAGUACAUCUGAGAACACAUACAGGGGAGAAACCCUAUCCAUGUAAGGAAUGUGGGAAAUCCUUUUCUAGAAAUUCACAUCUCAAAACACAUCAGAGAAGUCACACAGGAGAAAAACCUUUUCAAUGUAAGGAAUGUAAGAAAUGUUUCUUCCAGAAGUCUGCCCUCACAGUACAUCAGCGAACUCACACAGGGGAGAAACCCUUUGAAUGUAGCAAAUGUGGAAAAACCUUUUUCUAUAAAUCAGACCUCACUAAACAUCACAGAAAACAUACAGGGGAGAAGCCCUAUGAGUGUAAUGAAUGUGGGAAAUCUUUUGCUGUAAACUCAAUCCUCAGAUUACAUCAAAGGAUUCACACAGGAGAGAAACCCUUUAAAUGUAAGGAAUGUGGGAAAUCCUUCUCUCAGAAGUCACAUUUUAUCAUACAUGAGAGAAAACACACAGGGGAGAAACCUUUUCAAUGUCAGGAGUGUAAAAAAUCUUUUAUUCAGAAAUCAAAACUCACUGCACACCAGAAGACACAUACAGAGGGGAAAAGCUUAUAAAGGUAUGAACUGGGAAAUUCUUCAAUUUCAUCUUUCAGAAUUAUCAGACCGUUCACACAAGACAUAAAUCUUGUGAAUAGCAAAAAUACUGGAAAAUUUGAGCCACAACCUUUCCUUAUUGAGAAGAUAUAUGCAGAAAUUAAUUCUGUAAAUCUGUAAAGGAGAAAUUUUUAUCAAUAUUAGAUUUUACUAAAUAUCAAACAACAUACAUAGCAGAAUCCUGACAAAUUAUAAAACAUGAGGGAAAUCUUUCAUAAGUCAAACUUUAUUGUACAACAUAGAGAUCACAUAGGAGAGAAAUAUUCUAUAAGUAAAGUUAAGUUUCAGGGAGUUUUUUGUCAAUGUAGCCAUCUCUAGACUUCCCAAAGCUCAUAAUGAGUGAGAGACUACUAUCAGUAUCUUAAGCGUUCAGAAAUCUUUAUAUCAGUUGGACUAGAACGCUCAAAGGGGAUAACUGGUAGAUUGCAACAGCUAGAGAAACCUUUAUCAAGAAGCGAUGCUGCAGUCAGUGUCAGAUCAUUGGUACUGGGAUAGAAAACCUUUAUAGGUAUUUUAAAUAUGUGAAAGUUUUUUUUAACAAAAAUUCAGAGUAUUUGUACUGAGGGAAGUAGUUAUAAGUCAUGUUGGGUCUGAUUCUAAGGUUUUCUUUUAAAGAAACCUGCAAAUAUGUAUUUGUAGGUAGCUUUUUAAAAAGCACAAAUAAAUUGAAUAAUCAGGCUACAUCAUUAAAAACACAGAAUCCUGUAGUAUGUAGGACUUACUGAGUGUGUAUUGAUAUACUACAGAACAAAUUGUAGCUGUCUGAUGUCCAUGUGGAACCCAUUCAUGAUUUAUGUAGGGAAAUAGGUAACUUUAGUUUUAAUGAUGUUUAUGUGUAUAAAGAUGUUUCAUAGUAACUCUCAGUAGUGACUCCUAUUAAUAUAAGUGUAAUAUUCUUUUAAAAUUAUAACACAUCUUUUUCUCCUAUUCACAUGUAAGUGGAUAUAGACAUUGUUACUGAACUAAUCCUUGAGAAACGAGCUAAAAAUGUUUGUGUAAAAUUUUCACUUGUCUCAUGUUCAGUCAAAUUUUACAUUAGGCAGUUUUUACAUUUAUAGCAAAAACCUGAGUUUUUGGGAAAUGAUGGAAAACAGUGCUAUUGCACUCUUAACAAUAAAAACAAAUAAUGCUAUGUAAAAAAAUACCUUACUCUGGAUGUUUAGCAGGGUGCAAAGCUGUUGCAUUUGAAUUUUGUAUGAGAGUUCUAAACAUGGCACAGUGGUUAAGAGUGUAAUACAAAACACAACAAAAACAGACAAUUAUAAACCAGAGACAUCCUGCAGGGGAGGAGGAGGGAGAAGGAUUGGAGGGAGGGAGGAGCACAGGGGACUGUGGUGCUGGUGCACGGGUGCACUGGUGAAGGAAAGUAUGGGGACUGAACCUGAGGUGGGGGGGGAGCAAAUAUUGUUUAAAAAUGAACGAUGUAAAAAAUGAAAAAAAGUAAGUAGACGCUGAACUACUGUUGCGUAGAUGUCAGCAUGGGGCAUGCUACUUAACCUCUCUGUGCCUAAGGUUUCUAUAACAGAAGUGUGUGUGAGACACAAGAAGAGCUAUAUGUUAGAUAGCAUCAUCAUUAUAAUUUAUAUUUAUUGCAGUAAGCUGCAGAAAUAAAAAAAGUAGCUGGCUACCAACAUUCACACCCCACAUUAUUGCUAUAGUGCCUUGAUUUGGUUUGGUUGUUCAUAUUUCCAUAAUUGAUUUAGAUAUGUCCAACUGCCCAUUUUUGUAACCUGCAGGCUAAGAAUGGCUUUACUUUUCUCAAUGGCUGGGAAAAAAUUAAAGGUAUUUUGUGACAUAUGAAAAUAAUAUUCAAAUUCCAGCGUCCAUAAAGUUUUAUUAGAACACUAGUACAAACAAAAACCACUCAUUUGUUUUGCCUAUGACUGCUUUCACACUACCAGGGCAAAGUUGAGUAGUUCUGACAGAGGUGUGGCUCACAGAUAGUACUGUAUGGCACUUUACAAAGUUUUUCUGUUACUUGGAGCUGAAAACAUGAUUGCCAAUAUAGAGGUAUACUUUUAUAUGUUACAUAUUUUAGAAAUUAUGCGUACAGCAAUUUGUGGGUGGUUUUUGUACGGUAUAUUUACUUUGUGCAUUUAUAUGUUAAAUUCCUAGCAUAUGCUUCAAGUUUUUUUAAAGAAAUGUGGUUUUUACUUGUUGAAUUGUCUUCAUAUCAAAACUAGAAAUUUUUCAUUGGACUAUAACAAUAAAUGUAUUAAAUAAACAUUCAUUUAAAUUGUUACUUGAUUCUUCCCCACAGUAUUCCUUUAUUUUCUUCCAAGUGAUUGGCCAGUUUUCCCUUUAUCAUGUCAAGUUAUAAUUGUCUCAUUCUCCCAUGAUAGAAUACCUUCUUUAUAUCAUACUUCACUAAUGUAACCCAAUAACCAAAAAAACUUACAGUAUCCAACUCUUAUUAGCUACAUUCCUAACAAUCAGCAUUAGUAUAUUAGUAUUAGUAUAUACUAGUAUUAGCAUAUUACUAGUAAAGUUCUCUUUUUGGCUGCACUUAAUUUGUCAAAUGCUGCUGCACUCUAAAUCCUGCCACCUUAUUUCCCUUCCUAGUGAAGAUGACUUUCAUGAUGUUCAAUUUCUUAGGCAUGCCUUAUUCCAAUUUGUCUGAUACUUAACACUAAUGAACACUUACAAUAUUUACUAACUGCUUGUGUCUUAAGAAUAAAGUAUAUAUACAUUGUACUUACAUAAUUUCUGAAUACUCUAUGGUAUUGUUACCAAUAUUCUACUCAGCUCUGACUUGGGUAUGCCAUUUUAGUGGAGGUGUAAGAAGAAAUACUUGUCUAGAGAUACACCUUUAGAAUUCUUUACUUCAACCUGCGGAGAAAACAAAUACAUUUUCUAACUUCCUCAAGCCCCUCAGUUGAGAAUUAAAUAAAAGUACUUUCUGGGGUUCUUCUAAUAACUGUGGCAGAUCUGUUAGUAAGAAUAAAGCCUGUAAAACAAUACUUUUAAAAAAUAAUACUCUGAUGAAAAUAAAAUGUUCUUGCAUCCAAAUUCAAGUAAGCUUGAGAUUCAUUAUUUCUGGGCCAUGUUCUCAAGUCAGGAAUUAGUAACCUGAGACUUGAUGGAUUAGAGAUAACUGAUCAGACAUUCACAGCCAUUUAUUGGAGACAACAUCUCAGUACUUAUGCUUAUGAAAACCAGACAAUGUGUGAUAGCUCCACAUUUCUGAAAGCAAAUCAACAGAUUUUAAUGUGACCAUACUCUGGAAAAUCAGCAAGUCAGCCGCAGCUUCAUUCCGGCAACUUUUAGUUUA